GAGGACUGGAGUCAGGCCUGAAAGAAACGUGGCCGUUGGCCCUCAGAGUGGCCAAUUGCAAACUGUGACCUUCGAGACUGUGCUUGCCCAGGAAUUCUGGCUGUGUCCCUUAUCCCUUGGGUAAAACGGACACCCCAGGAACAUGGCAGACGAAGACCUCAUCUUCCGCUUGGAAGGCAUUGAUGGCAGCCAGACCUCCCGAGCUGGCCACAAUGGAAAUUCUGAGGCAGACAGCGACGAUGAGGAAGGUUACUUCAUCUGCCCUAUCACCGAUGACCCCAGAUCUAACCAGAAUGCUUAUUCCAAGGUUGAUAACUACUACCGCCACUUAACAGAGAGUGAGCAGUAUGGGUCCAGCGGGUCCCCGUCCAGUUCCUUCCAGGUUAAGGAAGCCUGGAAGCACGCGAUUGAGAAGGCCAAGCACAUGCCUGACCCUUGGGCUGAGUUCCACCUGGAGGACAUUGCCACAGAGUGUGCCACACGUCACAGGUACAAUGCUGUCACAGGGCAGUGGCUGCUAGAUGAAAUCCUGAUCAAAAUGGCGUCUCUGCCCUUCGGCCGUGGAGCGAUGAGGGAGUGCUUUAGGACGAAGAAGCUCUCUAACCUCCUGCAUGCCCAGCAGUGGAAGGGAACCUGCAACUACGUGGCGAAGCGCUACAUCGAGCCAGUGGACAGGGACGUGUACUUUGAGGAUGUGCGUCUACAGAUGGAGGCCAAACUCUGGGGGGAGGAGUACAACCGGCACAAACCCCCCAAGCAGGUGGACAUCAUGCAAAUGUGCAUCAUCGAGCUGAAGGAGAGACCAGGCAAGCCCCUCUUCCACCUGGAGCACUACAUCGAGGGCAAGUACAUCAAGUACAACUCCAACUCGGGCUUUGUCCGUGACGACAACAUCCGCCUGACACCCCAGGCCUUCAGCCACUUCACGUUUGAGCGUUCCGGCCAUCAGCUGAUUGUGGUGGACAUCCAGGGUGUGGGCGACCUCUAUACCGACCCGCAGAUCCACACGGAGACAGGCACUGAGUUUGGAGACGGCAACCUAGGUGUCCGGGGAAUGGCUCUUUUCUUCUACUCGCAUGCCUGCAACCGGAUCUGUGAGAGCAUGGGACUUGCACCCUUCGACCUCUCGCCCAAAGAGAAGGAUGCUGUGAACCAGAGCACAAAGCUGCUGCAAUCAGCCAAGACCAUCUUGAGGGGAACAGAGGAAAAAUGUGGGAGCCCUCGAGUAAGAACCUUCUCUUGGAACCGCCUCCCCCCACAAUUUCGCCUGUCAGAGAACUCUGGAGAUGAGAACAUGAGUGACGUGGCCUUUGACUCUCUGCCCUCCACACCAUCUUCAGCCACGCCGCACAGCCAGAAGCUCGACCACCUCCACUGGCCAGUGUUCAGUGACCUGGAUAAUAUGGCACCCAGAGACCAUGACCACCUGAGCAACCACCAGGACGCUGAGGACAAUAAGGACAGCGGCUACCCCAGCGAGAAGCAGAAUGAGCUGGAUGACCCAGAGCCCGAAGAACACGGCUGCUCCAAUGGGAACCGGAGAUGCGAGUAUGACGAGGACAGCCUGGGCAGCUCCGGACGGGUGUGUGUGGAGAAAUGGAAUCUCCUCAACUCCUCCCGCCUCCACCUGGCGAGGGCUUCCACUGUGGCCCUGGAAAUGCAGAGGCUUAAUACUCUGGACCAGGAAAAGAAAAUCGGGAAGUCCAUUUUGGGGAAGGUGCAUCUGGCCAUGGUGCGGUACCAUGAGGGUGGGCGCUUCUGCAAGAAGGAUGAGGAGUGGGACCGGGAGUCGGCGGUCUUCCACCUGGAACACGCGGCUGACCUGGGCGAGCUGGAGGCCAUCGUAGGCCUGGGGCUCAUGUACUCACAGCUGCCCCACCACAUCCUGGCUGAUGUCUCUCUGAAGGAGACAGAAGAGAAUAAAACAAAAGGAUUCGAUUACUUACUGAAGGCGGCUGAAGCGGGGGACAGACAGUCUAUGAUCCUAGUGGCGCGAGCUUUUGACUCUGGCCAGAACCUCAGCCCAGACAGGUCCCGAGACUGGUUAGAGGCCCUGCACUGGUACAACACUGCCCUAGAGACCACGGACUGUGACGAGAAUGGGGAAUACGACGGGAUGCAGGAUGAACCACGCUAUGCGCUGCUGGCCAGGGAGGCCGAGAUGCUGUUCACCGGAGGCUGCAGGCUUCCCAAGGACCCACAGAGAUCAGGCAACUUGUACACCGAGGCAGCUGAAGCUGCCAUGGAAGCCAUGAAGGGCCGGCUGGCUAACCAGUACUACCAGAAGGCGGAGGAGGCCUGGGCGCAGAUGGAGGAGUGACGUACCGGGAAAAUCACCGCCUCCUGCCCCAAGCUAAAGGGCUGGGGGCCGGCCGGCAUUGGAAGGGGGGGCGGGGAAGAGGUAGAUGGAAUAUUUUUAGUGUGUUAUAAAUCAACUUUUGUAUUUCCUA